UCGAACCACCAGGACUAGGAGGCUGGACUAUGGAGCUGACGUGGCACUCUUUGCCAAACUGGACGUUGAAAGCAAACCCCAAAGAACGACAUAACUGUAUAAUACAGCCGCAUUGCCCUAAACCCCUUCGCUCUCUGUCACGGUACGCAGGGAACUCCCGACCCAAGGAGAAGGAGAAAAUAAGUAUGGGGAGCCAUCACAACCGCGACCUUGCUGCCAGUAGCAAUGGCGGAGCUGCGGCGGUGGACAAAGGCGUCGAUUUUGCUAACUAUUUCUGCACCUACGCCUUUCUAUAUCAUCAGAAAGACAUGCUUUCCGAUCGAGUUCGCAUGGACGCUUAUUAUAACGCCAUUUUUGAAAACAAACACCACUUCAAUGGAAAGACGGUGUUGGAUGUGGGGACGGGGAGUGGCAUUCUUGCAAUAUGGUCAGCACAAGCUGGUGCACGAAAGGUCUAUGCAGUGGAAGCGACUAAGAUGGCAGAGCAUGCUCGUGCACUAGUUAAAGCAAAUAAUCUUCAAAAUGUAAUUGAAGUGAUUGAGGGUUCCGUGGAAGAUAUCACUUUGCCAGAGAAAGUUGAUGUAAUCAUCUCAGAGUGGAUGGGUUACUUCCUUCUCCGUGAAUCUAUGUUUGAUUCAGUGAUAUGUGCUCGUGACCGCUGGCUCAAGCCAAGUGGAAUCAUGUAUCCAAGUCAUGCCCGCAUGUGGAUGGCACCUAUUAGGUCUGGUUUGGGAGAUCAGAAAAGGAAUGAUUAUGACGGAGCAAUGGAUGAUUGGUAUGAUUUUGUGGAGGACACCAAAAUUCACUAUGGUGUUGAUAUGGAUGUUUUAACUAAGCCUUUCAGUGAAGAGCAAAGAAAAUACUAUCUACAGACAUCAAUGUGGCAAAACCUUCAGCCAAAUCAAGUUAUAGGUACGGCUGCCAUUAUAAUGGAGAUGGAUUGUUUAACAGCCACUGUUGAUGACAUCCUUAAGGUCAGAUCAAACUUUCUAUCUUCAAUCACUAUGGAAAACACAAGCCUCUGUGGAUUUGGUGGAUGGUUUGAUGUUCAUUUUCGAGGAAGAAGGGAUGAUCCGGCUCAGAAAGAGAUUGAGUUGACAACUGCUCCAAACAUAAAUAGUGGUACACAUUGGGGCCAGCAGGUUUUCCUCCUGCAUCCUCCAGUGCGCAUCAAUGAAGGGGAUAGUUUGAGUAUAUCUUUCACGAUGGACCGUUCAAAAGAAAAUCAUAGAUUGAUGGUCGUUGAGAUUGGCUGUGAGAUUAGACAGUCUUCUAGUCAACAAGUUGCAUCAUUGAGAAAUAAGUUCUACAUUGAGUGAGAAGGAAAUAGCUGACCUUUUGGAAAUCCUAUCAUGAACUGAGAGAUAAAACUCUUGGAAUGGGAUUUUGAAUGUACACAGCCAUUCUAAUUGCAUUUUCAAGAUACUUUAAACUGGCUGUGGGUUCCCAAUUGCUUUUCAGUAUUGGUUUUGAAGGAGGGAGAAAAGGAGGAAGGGUUAAGUUGGGUGAGUGGCAACUCGAGCCUGAGCCUCUCAAUUAUGCUAAAAGCAUGAGCACCUUCCGGGUGAGUUAUGCCCAUUCCUAUAAAUAUAGAAGCCAAGAAAUUACCCGGAACUUCAAGUUACAACUUCAAAAUUGACAUUGACUGUCAAUUACGGAAAAUGAUUUCAAUAAUAAUUAUAGCAAGCCAAACAAGUUGUACAUAGCUGGAUUUACACAAGAAUGCAAUCUUAAAUUAUAUAUGAAGUAUCAUAUAUUUAGCUGGUAGUAUCCAUAUUUUGGUUAAUUGGUGUAGGAACAGAAAAAGGAUGGCAAAAAAAAAAAAAA